UGUGUUGUUAAUGUUUUGAACAAAGAAUAUAUUUGAAUUCUUUGAUCAUUAUUGAUCGACGUUUACGGUUAAUUUGAGUAAUUUUGUUUUUGAAAAAUUAAAAUCAUCUACACCUUUUUGGUUCUGUCUGUCCGUGAUUUAGCGCAGGAACUAUUGCUAUUGCUACUAGAAAGCUGUAAACCACAAGUAUAGCAAGAUUUUUCAGUGGCUUUCCCCAUCAUACCAAGUUAUUGUGAUCUGGGAGAGUCACUUGAAAGGCAUUAAGAUAAAACUUUAAUAAAGGAAGAGAUCAGUCAUAGCUGAGCGCCACUUAGUGCCACAUGGAUGCAGAACUCACCUAAAGGUCACUGCAUAACAAGGCGCUAUAGGAAGGAGAACAAAGUUUGAUUCAGCUAAUGCUUCUGGAACCACCAACUGUAACACCAGCACAACCAACUUCAACCACUAAUACUAAUUUCACAGAAAACUUGGAAGAAAUAUAAGCACUGGACUGAGUAUUAUUUUGAAAUGGAUCUGAUAAAUUUUGCUUGUGAAUUAUGCAAAAGGACCGAUGACAACGAAGCAACAUUUGGAAAGCUACACAGAAUAGAUGACAUGUAUUGUCAUUAUUUUUGUGUGUUGCUGUCCUCGCACAUCUUGCAAAAGGGCGAGGACUCUGAUGGCUUGUUAGGAUUCCUGUAUCCUGAUAUUUUGGCUGAGGUGAAGAGGAGUAAAAAAAAUAAAUGUUCUUACUGUGGCGAGGUCGGUGCAUCAUUGCAUUGCGGGCAGGCAAAGUGCAGGUUGCAGUUCCACCUGCCUUGCGGGCGAGAGCGGAAUGCCGUGUCGUUCUUCUACGGGGAAUACAAGACAUUCUGUGAAGAGCACACACCGAAACAAAAAAUAAUACCGGCUAUAUUAGAAAUAGCGAAUGCAAGGUUGCGUCAAAUGGAAAACGGAGGAAAAGGUGAUAGCACAAGUGAAUCAAACAAGGCUGAACAACCCGUGUGUGUGAUCUGCAGUGAGGCGGUGGACGGUUUUCCCACUACCAACACAUUUUGGCCUCCAUGCUGUAACAUGGACGCUUGGUUGCACAGGAGUUGUGUACAGCGUAUGGCGCUAAGUGCAGGCAUACAUUUCCUUAAAUGUCCGCUGUGUAAUGAUAAAGAAACCUUUUCAUCAGCUGUACUCGCUCAAGGAUAUUACAUACCUAACAGAGACGCGGCUUGGGAGCAGGAGGAGAAUGCAUUCUCCGACAUGUACCACCGCCCCGUCACAUGUCUCGCCGACACGUGUCGGUGCGACCGCGGACGGGAUUACGACAGUGAAUCUGGUUUGUGGGACAUACAGCUGUGCAUGCUCUGCGGCAGCCCGGGCGCCCACGCGGCGUGCUCCACUGCGGACUACUACGUCUGCGCGGUGUGCAUGCCCGCCGUGCCAUUUUCGAUGCGUCUGGUGGAAGUCGAUGCCGAAUCCCCAUCACAAAGUGAAGGCACAUCGCAAAUACGUUUCGAACGAGUAAAGAGGACCCGGAAGUCCAUCAGAGCUCCACCAACACAAGUGUUACGAACACGUGCUGCCUCAUCGCGUCGAUCAAAAAACAAAAACCAGCAACCAGCCAACAUCAAUACAACCAUGAAGUCCUCUACACCGCCUGUAAGCCCCACAGAACACACUACGUACGAAAAAACGGAGCUCCUACCACAAUGUAAACAGGUCAACAUUCAAACCCAUAAUAGUGCUGCAAUAUCGGAAUGCUAUGUAAAACUUACACCACUGAGUAAAGACAUUUUAAUGACUCUCAAUCCAAGAUCGAACAAUUCAGGGACAAUAAUAAGAGAUAGUAAAUAUUAUAGUAUAUAAAAUUUGAAUCAUAAGGAGAAGUUAAAAAGAGGAAAUGCCAAAGAAAACACACCGAAUUAUUAUAAAUAUAAUUGAAUAGAAGUAUAAAUAUCAAAAUAAGAUUCCAAUCUAGUCAAUUAAGUUUAAAAAUUACUUAAUUUAAAAGAAUUAGAAAAGAGAGAGAGUCCUAAAGUCAUGAACCAGUACAUACUGCGGUAUCCAACCGUUUGUAAUAAAUCUGAAGGAUUACAUCGUCAGACCUGAUUUAGAUGUCACAAAGAUUACAAAGAAAAGAUAUAGAUAAAGAGUAAGGUCGAUCUAUAUUUUCACCACUAUCAUCACUCCACACCACACCACGAUCACUAAAGAAUCAUAUAUUAAAUUCAAAGGGUAUAAAGUAUACAAUGCACUACAUCCUAAUAACAACUAGAGGUGGUAGUGCA